UUCUUGCUUGUUUUUGCAGCAGGCUUUUUGUUUCGUUGUGCGUGGUUUGGUGAUCGGGUCGUGAAAUUAGAUAUUUAAUUGUGAAAAUCUGUAUUUAAAAAGUAAUUUCUAAUUUAAAAAUGAACACUUUGGGGCCUAAAAAGGACGGAAGUCCUAAUGUGGAGUUCUUCCAAUCUCCAGAAUCACUUCAAGGCUUUGAAACUAUUCGUCUUUGGCUAGGGAAGAAUUGUAAAAAGUAUUUAGCAAAUAAUACAGAAUCAAUUACAAAGGAAUCGCUUGCGCAGUUGGUAAUCCAGUUUUUGCAAUAUGUGGAAGCUAAACUUGGCAAAAAUGCCCAAGAGCCGCCGGCGACUCGGAUCCCGAUGCGUUUAUUUAUGGAUUUUAAACCUGGUGGCGGCCUAUGUGUCAUCUUCAGCACAAUGUUUCGAUUCCGUGCCGAGCAAAGAGGCAAAAAGUUCGAUUUUUCUGUGGGUAAAAAUCCCCCUCGCAAAGACCCCAAUAUUCAGUUGCUGAUUGAUAUUGAACAAGCUCUUGUUGAAGCAAAUCUUUAUCGCAUUCAUUACAUUUACAUACGCCCGGAGGUAAACAAAGAACUGGCCCAAAGGCUGCGUGAUAUCCUAAUCACCAGACGUGUGGAGAUCGUUACCGAUGAGGAAGAAGCUACUCAUAUCAUUUACCCAGUGGUUGAUCCACACCCGGAUGAAUAUGCACGUCCUGUUUUUAAACGUGGAAAUCAUGUAAUGUUACAUUGGUAUUAUUUUCCGGAAUCUUAUGAUUCCUGGGCCAUUAACUCAUUUGAUUUGCCGGAAUAUGUGCCCGAGAAUCCAGAGAUACCAGCAGAACGUUGGUUCGUGUCAGCUUCAUGGGUUUUAGACUUGGAGCAGUAUAACGAAUGGAUGGUCGAAGAAGACUACGAAGUAGAUGAAACGGGCAAAAAGAAGACACACAAACAUCGCAUGUCAGUGGAGGAUAUCAUGUCAUUUGGAGCGGAUGAGAAAAAGCGAGUGCCUGGUGCCAGUGGUACGGCCACUAAGCAAAAACGCCGCCGUUCCCCUUCGCCAAACGCUUCGAAACCAGGAAAGCGCAAACGAUCGCCAGCUGUAUUACAUAAGAAAUCACGCAAUGAUGAGGACGAUGAGGACUUAACACGAGAUAUGGAUGAUCCUCCAGCAGAACCCAACGUACAGGAAGUAGUAAAAACAUCGUCGCUUCAGUCUAAUGCUAGUCCAGCCCCGGGCGGAAAAUCUCGCGCCGACAAUGACAUGAUGCCAAUUAAAGGCGGAACAAUGACAGAUUUGGAUGAUGAAAUGACAGGUGGUAGUGCAGCACAAGCGCUUUCCACAGGAGAUGGAGAAAAUUCUCAAACUGGCAAAACUAGUGACAACAGUAAUACUCAGGAGUUCUCUUCCUCCGCUAAAGAAGAUAUGGAAGACAACGUUACCGAGCAGACACAUCACAUCAUAGUGCCCUCCUACUCUGCCUGGUUUGACUACAAUUCUAUUCAUGUAAUCGAAAAGCGUGCAAUGUCGGAAUUUUUCAAUGGCAAAAAUAAAUCUAAAACACCUGAAAUUUACAUGGCAUAUCGUAACUUUAUGAUUGACACCUACAGGUUAAAUCCAACUGAGUACUUAACCAGCACUGCCUGUCGCAGAAACCUUGCAGGCGAUGUCUGCGCCAUAAUGCGUGUUCACGCAUUUUUAGAACAAUGGGGUCUAAUUAACUACCAGAUUGACGCUGAGCUGCGUCCGACUCCAAUGGGGCCCCCGCCCACUUCCCAUUUCCAUAUUUUAUCAGACACGCCCUCUGGUUUGCAAUCGUUGAAUCCGCAAAAGACGCAGCAGCCAUCUGCAGCAAAAGCUCUACUUGACUUGGACAAGCCAAAAAUAAUUAAAGAUGGAAAAGAAGGAUCCGUGGAAGGAGACAAACCCGGUCUCUUACCUGGAGGUAUAACUAUCAAAAGCGAGACUAUAGAGAAUGGUUCCAGUGCAGGUCAGCAAUUUGGUUUAAAGUUGGACCAAUAUGCUAAGAAACCAGCGGCGAUGAAAAAUCGUACCGCAGCCAGCAUGACACGCGAGUGGACUGAUCAGGAAACUUUGCUUCUGUUGGAGGGUCUCGAAAUGCAUAAAGAUGACUGGAAUAAGGUUUGUGAGCACGUAGGGACACGAACACAAGAUGAGUGCAUACUGCAUUUCCUUCGACUUCCUAUCGAAGAUCCAUAUCUAGAGGAUGAUGGCGGAUUUUUGGGUCCGUUAGGAUGUCAACCAAUACCAUUUAGUAAAUCUGGCAACCCUAUCAUGUCAACAGUUGCUUUCUUAGCUUCUGUGGUUGAUCCUCGCGUGGCGGCUGCUGCAGCCAAAGCAGCUAUGGAAGAAUUUGCUGCUAUAAAGGACGAGGUACCCGCUACAAUUAUGGAUAAUCAUAUGAAGAACGUGGAAAAAGCAUCCGCUGGAGGUAAAUUCAAUCCAACUUUUGGACUAGCCAACAGUGGUAUAGCCGGAACAGGAGUGGAUAAGGAAGACGAAGACGCUCAUAUUGUUGGAACCGGAGCUGGAUCAAUUGCAAUGAAUACAGACGAUGCUAGUAAUACAGAGAAGAAAAUAAUUGAAACAGAAUCUAAAAAGAAACCAGAUAAUGACUGCAAAAAUGGUGCUGCAAUUAAAACUGAAGACACAAAUGACGCAGAUAAUGCAAAGGAUCCCGAAUCAGCAAAACAGCAUGUAUUCAACGAGACAAAUGUUCAGACCGCUGCAGCUGCAGCUCUGGCUUCCGCAGCGGUUAAGGCAAAACACUUGGCAGCUCUUGAGGAACGAAAAAUUAAGUCGUUGGUGGCGUUACUGGUCGAAACGCAAAUGAAAAAAUUGGAAAUUAAACUACGCCAUUUCGAGGAACUGGAAACAACAAUGGAGCGUGAACGGGAGGGAUUGGAGUAUCAGCGCCAACAACUCAUAACAGAGCGGCAGCAAUUUCACUUAGAACAGCUGAAGGCAGCAGAAUUUCGAGCCCGUCAACAAGCCCAUCAUCGCCUACAACAAGAACAGCAAUGGCAGGGACCUGGCACGGCUGCAAAUGCCCCAGGCGGUGGUCCUUCAACCGCUAAUUCUGGCGCAUCCCUUGGCAGUGUCGGUAAUGUUACUUCUGCUCCCGGUCAUUCCGGAGCAACUGGAGCUAGCACAACAAGCGCCGGUAUACCUACGUCUAAUAGUGUAAGCAGUGUUGGACCACAAGGUGCAACUGCGACGAGUCAAGGUACAGCCACAUCAACAGCUAUGGGAGGGAAUGCACAAGCUACAACUGCUUCACUUGGUUUACCUGGCGCAUCAUCGGCUGCUAUACAGCAACAACCACCAACGCCAAUGGACACAACUCCAUCCACAUCCGUUGCUGUAGCAUCAACGAGUGGAGACGGCGCUACAAUCACCAGUCAGACAGUAUUGACACCAGCAGGCGUGUCAUGUGGUGCUCCACUGCCCACAUCUGCAAAUGCACCGCCGACAAAUGUUCAACCAAGCAUUCCAGCAAUCAUCGGUGCGCCACCGGCAGUGCCACCAUCAUAAGCUAUACAAAAUAUUUCCCAUAAAAUUUCGCUGUCUAUAUAAUCUUCAUUAAGUUAUUGCUUACCGUAUACUAUAACACUUCAUGCUGUAGCUGUAAAUGCUGUUUUUUUAUUGAAUUUCACCGAUCCUGUGGCAAACCUUACAUCAUCAUUUCAUCUUGAUAUAAUGAACCGCAACCUUUCUUGCUAAAAAAAGAUGUUUACGCGAUUUUUUAAACUUGUGUAAAUGAAUUUCUAUCGUCAAGGCUUUCAGCAUGUUCUUAGCAAAUGGUUGCAGGCACAGCACUCCUAAAAUUAACCCAUACAUUGGAUUCAAUAUGAUAAAUGUAAUUACAUAUAAGAGUGUCAUCGAAUAAUACCAAUAAAAUGCAUAUGUGAAUAUGUAA